AUGCAAUAAUUAAUCUCAAAAGAAGAUUAUUAGACUUAUUUAAAGGGCAUUGGGCUUCCAACAGACAUUAAAUUAUCAGUUUCUGUUGAGUCUUUAUAUCUCAUAGCCAACAGACAAAUAAUUUACAAUUUUUACUAAAACGCAGAGUUACACUUGAAAGAAUUGAAGCCAAUUUCGCUUGAGUUUGGUGAUAUAUUGCAGAGACUGUGUGUUCAAAAGAGAGGGGGCCUUUGUUAUGAACAUGAACUUCUUCUUUACUAUAUUUUAAAAUAUUUAGGAUUCUAAGUGGAAUUGAUUAGAUGCUAAGUUCGAGAGCCAAAUGGUCCAUACAACCCAGAUCUUCCUAGUACACAUGCAUUUUUAUGUGUUCAAAUAAAAGAUGAAACAUAUUUAGUGGAUCCAGGUUUUGGAACGAGAUCCUAUAGAUUCCCCAUUAAAGUAAACUUUUAAGAUUUGACUCAAACUCAUGAUUUAUUUGCAUAAGAACACUAUAGAAUUCAAGAAAAUGAGACUCAUUAUUAAUUUUAACAUCAUAUCGAUGAUAAUUGGGUCACCUAUUACGAUUUUGAGAAGCCCUUGAAAUUCGGUUCUGUUGAGGAUAUUCAUAAUGAUUACUUGAAUCUGUUUACUUGUAAAUAAUUUUUAGGAGUCAGAGACAGUAGAUUUGUGGUUUGCAGAAAUACAGAAUAUGGAAGGAUUUAAUAUCUGUGGUUUAGAUUGGAAAAGGAGUUUACGGCAUUUAAGAAAAUCUUGAAAUUUAAUGAAGUAAUUAAGAUCGAAUUUGAAUCGUAUGAUCAUCUAAGAGAGGAUGUGAAGAAGGAAGUAGGAUUUGAAUUGCCUGAACAUGGAUUGCUAAGAUGA